CCACGUGCCGCCACUGGUAAAGUCAACCAAUUUGUGCAAAAACAUGAAAUAUUUUUGUUGAAAUUAAUUAACCGUGCUGUCUAAAUGGCGAAAAAAGAAAUUUCCGAAGAAGAACGUCUGGAAUUAGCUGCAAAACUAGACAAAGAAUUAGAUGAAUUCAUAGAUAAUCUCCCUAAACGCAAAGAGGACGAACCUCUUCCGUUUGACAGAUGGGAAGAAGAAAUUACCAAUCACCCUUUUUUCCUAAAGGAAGUCCCCGAACCCGGUUCCGCAGUGCACCCUUUAUACGAAGGCUUGCAAAAACUCAAGUACGAUCCUGAAGAAAACGAGCCCGAAGAAUUAGCCCGUGCCUACAAAGACGACGGAAAUUUCAACUUCAAACACAAAAAUUACAGAAUGGCGAUUAUUUCGUACACCGAAGGCAUCAAAGCGAAGUGUGGAAACCCCGAAGUCGAAGCAACUUUGUACAACAACAGAUCGGCGUCACAUUUUUUUCUAAAAAAUUUGCGAUCGUCGUUAAUGGACGCCGAGGAGGCUUUAAAACUCAAACCUUAUUACGAUAAAGCUUUGACACGGGCUGCUAAUUGUUGCUUCCAGUUAGAAAAAUUCGACGAAGCCAUCAAGUUCUGUGACAGGAUUUUGGAUCAAGAUAAACAUAACAAGGACGUGUUAGAAUUGAGGAAUAGUAGCGCAAAUUUGGAAAAAAUUAAAAACAGGGAUCGUCGGAAAAAGGAACUCGAUAUGAGAAAGUUGAAAGAAGAAGAAGCGAAUAUUAUAAAUGCGAUUGUAGGUAGAGGAAUUCGGGUUCAGGGGGGGUCAGAUAAUUUAAGUUUGAUUUCGUUGGAGCCGCACUUCCCUCAGUUGUUUGACAAGCGCGUUUCAAUCGAUGAAAACGAGCGCCUCGUGUGGCCUGUAAUUUUUUUUUACCCGGAGUACAAGAUUAUGGAUUAUAUACAAGAGUUCAACGAGGAGAACACUUUUUUCGAGCAACUGACGCAUGUGUUUGAAAAUUACCCUGAGUGGGACGAAGAAAGAAAGUACAAGGCUGAGAACUUGAACGUCUAUUUUGAGGAUGAAAAAAAGAGAAACGUACAGGUUGACGUCAAUAAAACUUUACUAGAAAUUUUAAAAUUAAAGGGGCAUGUAAUAAAAGAGGGUACUCCCAAGUUUAUUAUUUUGGUGGCAAAUAGUAAGGUUGAAAGGCUAUUUCUGGCGCAGUCUUGAAUUAUUUUUGUCACAGUUUAUAAAAUUUUUAUUACCAGUCGUGUAAGCUGAAACUUGGAAUAAACCAUCUGAAUAAUU